UCCCAUUGUCCCAGAAAACAAAGUAAUGGCGACGACGACGAGUUGUUCGCUUCUCCUUUCUACUCUCUUCCUUCACUCUCCUCCUUCUUCUCAAUUCUCAAACUCAUCUUCCUUCUUCAACCUCUCUCCUUCACGAUCUUCGAUUUCUCUCUACCCAAUCCGAUCCAAACGGUAUUUUCGAAUUUUCUCCAAGCUUCCACUAAACGACAAAUACGACGAUGAUACUCUUCUUCUUACUCCGUUAUCCUCCGCCGUUAAACCUUUCUUCCUCCUCUGCACCUCCGUCGCUUUAUCGUUUUCGUUGUUCUCCGCGUCUCCCGCUUCGGCGUUUGUAGUUAGUACUCCGAAGAAGCUUCAGACUGAUGAGCUCGCGACUGUUAGGUUGUUUCAAGAGAAUACUCCUUCCGUUGUUUACAUCACUAAUCUCGCUGUGAGGCAGGACGCGUUUACAUUGGACGUGCUUGAGGUGCCUCAAGGUUCUGGUUCAGGAUUUGUGUGGGAUAAGCAAGGUCACAUUGUUACCAAUUAUCAUGUGAUUCGUGGUGCUUCUGAUCUAAGGGUCACUCUUGCUGAUCAAUCGACAUUUGAUGCGAAAGUUGUUGGAUUCGACCAAGACAAGGAUGUUGCAGUUUUACGUAUUGAUGCACCGAAAGACAAAUUAAGACCUAUACCUGUUGGAGUCUCUGCAGAUCUGCUUGUUGGCCAGAAAGUCUUUGCCAUUGGCAAUCCUUUUGGACUUGAUCACACUCUUACAACUGGUGUUAUUAGUGGUUUGCGAAGAGAAAUUAGUUCUGCUGCAACUGGUCGUCCAAUUCAAGAUGUUAUACAAACAGAUGCAGCCAUCAACCCUGGUAACAGCGGAGGACCUCUUCUAGAUAGUUCGGGAACGCUGAUUGGUAUAAACACAGCCAUUUAUUCUCCUUCUGGUGCAUCUUCUGGAGUGGGCUUUUCAAUCCCAGUUGACACCGUCGGUGGCAUUGUUGAUCAGUUAGUGAAAUUCGGUAAAGUCACAAGACCGAUCUUAGGUAUCAAAUUCGCACCAGACCAAUCUGUUGAACAAUUGGGAGUAAGUGGUGUGCUCGUCUUGGAUGCUCCUCCGAGUGGUCCAGCUGGGAAAGCCGGACUUCAAUCAACAAAACGUGAUGGUUACGGGAGAUUAGUACUAGGAGACAUAAUCACGUCAGUGAACGGUACAAAAGUCUCAAACGGGAGUGACCUGUACCGGAUUCUCGAUCAAUGCAAAGUCGGCGAUGAGGUGACUGUAGAGGUUCUAAGAGGCGACCACAAGGAGAAAAUAUCUGUAACUCUCGAACCAAAGCCGGACGAGUCUUAGAAACGUCGUUGAAAGAAGUAAAUAUAUAACGUGUAGAAAAAAAGUGCCCGGUGGUUGAUUAUAUUGUUGUAUAUCAAUUGUUCGGAAAAUAGAUCGUCCAAUUGUGUACAUAAAAAAUCUGUUUAUAUUGCGUAACCGGAAAUAACCAAAAUUGGAAUGUCUUGAACCGGUCUUAUGGGUUGGAUUGGUUUCUAUU